CCUGUGACCUAGCACUUUUAAAUAGUAAUUGAGACAAGUACUGAUAUUUUACUGCCGAAGAAAUCUCUAAGCUGAAGUACUUUUUGUCAUUAAGAUAGAGUUGCGAUUCCCAGACGGUCCACCGAACGUCCACUCUAGCCCUGUAAAGCAAAAUGGCCUCGAUACUCAACGCUCUCCGGAAAAACCUGCUAGCCCAUAUUUCCACGAUCCUGACCCAUUAAUAGAAGAGAUUUUAAAUGAAGGUUACGAACAAGAAAUGGCAGCGGUGGCAUCCACAAUGACUUCAGUUCGUCCAUCAACCAUGAAUAUGAUAGUACAGAAGUGUUUGUGCAGGCCGAAGCAAUAUGUGGAGAACAGCUCAUUGAAACGUGAAAGAACAUUACUAUUGGCAUUAAGUACCGCUAGCGGCACAUUCCCUCCAUGA